AUGUCCAGCCCUCUCUCGGCUGAGAGUGACGCACUCGGGUGGUACGAUAUCACCAAGACGUACUGCAUCAUCGGCAUCGAGUCAAGCAACACCGGCAUUCUAGACCGCCCCGAGAAUGAUCGUUUCGUUGCCCAGAUCCAGCCCAUGACUGGUCUAGGAGAUGGCUUCGACGAAGAAGAAGGAACACAAUCUGGACUCGCGUUGACAUUUGGCAUCGACACGUUCACCGACGUGACCGAGGGCCAUGUCUUCGGACGGGAUGCUGAAAAAUGCGACAUUUUGCUGGACGAGGAGGAUGGCGAUAGAAUUGAUGAUGUGCACUUUCGAGUGCAACUGGAUUACACACAGAAGAUUCCUGAGCUGGAUGUCUACAACUGUAGCGCAAAAGGCACUAGGGUCGAUGACAAACUGCUUUCUGGAAUCGGGCAGAGAGCCAGAGUCUACCAGGGCGAAGUCGUCACAAUCAAGGCUGGAAGCAUAUCACUCACACUCUUAUUCCCCUUCAUAGACCUCAAUAACCGGAAAACGCGCUCCAGAUGGGCAGAACUGCGAACAACAGCGUGGUCCCUCCUCCGCCCUUCCGUCCGUCAAGCCUUGAUCCCCCACGACGCCCGCCAACUCUACCUCGACGCAGAAGAAGACAGCAUAUGGCUAGACGCGCGACCCUUCCGCCUCGAAACCGGCAGCAUGACCGUCACCCUCGCCAAAGGCAGACAAAAGCAAAAAACCGGCUUCCCCGUCGUACUCAAAAAACUGCGCGACAGAAAGGGAGACGCCAGAGAAGAGCGCAUAAACAUUGGCGAAACGGCAGCCAUGACACGCGUCCGUCACGAAAACGUCGUUUCCGCUUUUCGCGAACAGUGGCCACAAGGAAAUGUGGUUUUGGUCGAAUACACACCUCACUCCAACAUCAGCGAGUUCAUACGCAAUCACAACGCUAUGAGGUUGAAAGAAGACGCCGUGAUGGAUUUGGCACUGCAAACCUUGAAUGCGUUGUCUUAUCUGGGUUCUCAAGGGAUAUCCCACCGCGAUCUCAAGCCUAGCAAAAUCAUGGUCUUUCGAACCGACCCUCCGCUUUUCAAACUUACGGAAUUCGGCGGUGAGGAUUUGAUAGAUGCGAGGAGUUAUCUCAACGACCGCAUAGCAGAUGACACAAUCGACUACAUCGCCCCCGAAAUCUUCGAACGCGGUGCCGGCGCGCUUCCCUCCAAAACCGAUGUAUGGAGUUUAGGAAUAAUCAUGUGGGAAUUGUUGGUCGGCAGCACACCGGUGCCGUUUUUGGAAGAUAUGAAUUACAUGUCUUGCUUCCGCGCGAUUCUGAAUUGGCAACCUAGAGUGAAAGAGUUGCAGGAAUAUGGGGUCAGUGAUGAAGGUCAGGAAUUGGUUAUCAGGAUGGUGGAGAGGGUGCCGAAAUUUAGACCUGAUGUUGAGUCCUUGAAGGGGGAUGAGUGUUUUGAUUAUUUGGAGUAUGUGAGGAAGAAUGAGCCUUGCGAUCUGCAAGAUUGCUUGCUGUGA